GGCCCGGGGGCUCCGGUAACGCCGGCAGCGCGGGUCCCUCGGGCGGGCGCGGGGAGCGGCGCCGCCGCGGCGGGAGCGGAGCGGGGCAGUGCCGCGGCGGCUGCAGAUCUGGAGUCUCUCUCAGACUGAGCUCCUGGGAUCCUGUCACCAUGGAGACUGAAAGUGAGCAGAACUCCAGCUCCACCAGCGGGAGCUCCAGUUCUGGAGGAAGCACCCGUCCUCAGAUAUCACAGAUGUCUCUCUAUGAGCGCCAGGCAGUACAGGCCCUGCAGGCCCUCCAGAGACAGCCCAAUGCAGCCCAGUACUUUCACCAGUUCAUGCUCCAGCAGCAGCUUAACAGUGCCCAGCUUCACAGCCUGGCUGCAGUUCAGCAGGCUACAAUUGCAGCCAGUAGACAGGCCAGCUCCCCCAACACCAGCACCUCGCAACAAACCACCACCACCCAGGCAUCUAUCAACCUAGCCACAACAUCAGCUGCUCAGCUGAUCAGUCGGUCGCAGAGCGUGAGCUCCCCCAGUGCCACAACCCUGACACAGUCUGUGCUCCUUGGAAAUACCACCUCACCGCCUCUCAACCAGUCACAGGCCCAGAUGUAUCUCCGGCCACAGCUGGGGAACUUGUUGCAGGUAAACCGGACCUUGGGCCGCAAUGUGCCUCUUGCCUCCCAACUCAUCUUGAUGCCUAACGGGGCUGUGGCUGCUGUCCAGCAGGAGGUACCACCCACUCAGUCUCCUGGGGUCCAUGCAGACACAGACCAGGUGCAGAACUUGGCUGUGAGGAGCCAGCAGACCUCUGCCGCUAACGCCCAGGUCCAAGGCUCUGCUCAGAAGGCAGCUCUGCCAGGAAGCUCCCAGGCUUCGGGUUUACCGCAGGCCACCGGCACGGGCCAGACCUUGGCAGUGGCUCAGGCUUCCUCUGGCAGUGCGGGCCAGUCCCUUAACUUGAGCCAGGGGGCAGCAGGCAAUAACGGUGUCGCUGGGGGUGUGGUGGCGAGUGGUGGGGGCCAGACCUCAACAGGAUUGAGCCAGACCUCGGCAGGUGCCGCUGGCAGUUGCCAGAGGAAAGGCACAGGGGUGGUUCAGCCGCUACCGGUGGCAGCUGCCCAGGCCGUGACUGUCAGCCAGGGAAGCCAGACGGAGACAGAGAACGCAGCCACAAAGAAAGGCGAAACGGACGGCGGCGGACAGCAGACGGUGGGCAUGAACCUGACCAGGACUGCUACACCAGCACCCAGCCAGACGUUGAUCAGCUCAGCCACAUAUACACAGAUCCAGCCACACUCGCUGAUCCAGCAGCAGCAGCAGAUCCACCUGCAGAAGCAGGUGGUGAUCCAGCAGCAGAUUGCCAUUCAUCACCAGCAGCAGUUUCAGCAUCGUCAGUCUCAGCUCCUCCACACGGCCACCCAUCUUCAGCUGGCCCAACAGCAGCAACAGCAGCAAGCACCGUCUCUGGCCCAACAGCAGCAGCAAGCUCAACCUCCGCAGCAACAGGCUCCACCUCAAAACCAGCAGCAGGCUCAGACCCUUGUGGUGCAACCUAUGUUGCAGUCCCAACCACAGCCUGUGCAGCUCCAGCAGGACAGUCCUUGUCAGCCAGCCACCAAGUCACCUGUUCCAAUUCAGUCAAAAUCUCUGGUCACCCCUGUCAAGCCACCUCAGCUUGGGCCUGCCAAAAUGUCAGCAACGCAGCAGCCUCCACCACACAUCCCAGUGCAGGUGGUGGGCACUCGGCAGCAGGGCUCAGGCCAAGCUCAAGCACUGGGUUUGGCUCAGAUUGCUGCAGCAGUGCCGACAUCCCGGGGAAUGCCAGCCGUGGUCCAGCCUGUUUCCCAAGCCCACACUGCUUCCCCAUCAUCAUCUUCAGCUCCAGCAUCCUCACAGGAAGCUCCUCCUCUCACCACAGGGGUGAAUUUGGCACAGGUUCAAGGCACAGCCCACAUGGUGAAGAGCCCAGCCUCCUCUCCAGUUGUGGCUCAGAUGCCAGCAGCAUUCUACAUGCAGUCUGUCCAGUUGCCAGGCAAGUCUCAGACCUUAUCGGUAAAACGCAAGGCAGAGUCAGAGGAGGAGAAGGAGGAGUCACCCAGUGUCACUACACUUCUGCCUGCCAGGUCCUCUCCUGUGACAGAGAGCCCCAAAAACACGGAGGAGAAGGGUGGCCUUGGAGAUAAACCUGAUCCCGCUGCCAUUGCAACCCCAAAUACUGCCUCAAGUGAAGGAGCAUCAGUGACUCCCACCUCUGCUCCCACCCCAAACCUGGCAAUGAUGUCACGUCAGAUGGGAGACUCCAAACCCCCACAAGCCAUCGUCAAGCCCCAGAUCCUCACGCACAUUAUUGAAGGCUUUGUCAUCCAGGAAGGAGCAGAGCCCUUUCCGGUUGGUUGUUCGCAGCUGCUGAAAGAAUCUGAGAAACCACUGCAGGGGGAGGCUCCUUCUUGCCAGAGUGAAAACCUGUCCAGCAAUUCUCCAGGCGGGGACAGUGCUUCUACGGAGCUUGAUAAGAAGGCAAACUUGCUGAAGUGUGAAUACUGUGGGAAGUAUGCCCCAGCAACCCAGUUCCGUGGCUCCAAGAGGUUUUGUUCCAUGACCUGUGCUAAAAGGUACAAUGUCAGCUGCAGCCAUCAGUUUCGGCUGCAGAGAAAGAAGAUGAAGGAAUUUCAGGAAGCUAACUACGCUCGUGUGCGCCGACGGGGACCACGGCGCAGCAGCUCUGAAAUUGCUCGAACGAAGAUCCAGGGCAAGCGCCACAGGGGCCAGGAAGACUCAAGUCGAGGCUCUGAUAACUCCAGCUAUGAUGAAGCCUUGUCCCCUACAUCUCCAGGACCCCUGUCAGUAAGGGCCAGUCAUGGAGAGAGGGACCUGGCAAACUCCAGUAUGGCCCCACCUACCCCAGAUCUACAUGGCAUCAACCCAGUCUUCCUGUCCAGCAAUCCCAGUCGUUGGAGUGUGGAGGAAGUGUACGAGUUCAUUGCAUCACUGCAAGGGUGCCAGGAGAUUGCUGAGGAGUUUCGAUCACAGGAAAUUGACGGCCAGGCCCUGUUGCUUCUGAAGGAGGAACACCUCAUGAGUGCCAUGAACAUCAAGCUGGGACCAGCUCUCAAAAUCUGUGCCAAGAUCAAUGUCCUCAAGGAGACCUAACAGCUCUGAAGCUGGAGGUCUCACCUUAGCUCUGACCCCAGGGCAGCUGCCAGCUUUGGAGCAUCCUGCUGGAGCAGGGAAGAAUAGGACAGUCCCCUGUGGUUUUGCAUUCAAGAAUGAGAUAACUGAUUGAAACUGCCAUGCACAAACCCAUGUCUUGGUCUCUUAAUGGUGCUACAAGGGGGAGGAAAACUCCCACCCGGGGCCUUGAAACAACCUUCCUUCUUCCUGAUUUGAAUAAGCCUCUCCUGUAUACCGCACGAAGGGGACCUCUUUCUGUCUUAGCAGACUUCCGAAAGGGAAUUCCUCUCGCCCUUUUUUGCUACAGCAGAUCUGCUAGAUCUGUUUUCAAUCUCACUGUGCCAGAACUUGAGGCAUAGGAAGAGCCAGCCUCACAUGGACAUUGGGAAUAGGUGUUCUUUGGGUGUUCCAGAAGGGGAACUCGUAAAUUCCAAGUGACAGCAGUGGACAAACAAGAGUUUGGGCAAAAGGGGCUGCUACUGUUCCACUCUUAAAAAAAAAAUACCUGGGCUGCUUAUGAACUGGGUUUAAUAGCCAUUCCAGCAUGCAUACCAAACUUGAAGGCCUGUGGCAAUAGGAGCUGCCUUAGCUUUACGGUCUCCUGUAGAGAUGCAGUCUGAAGACAAAGUGUUGUGGCAGCUAUCCACUCCAGAUGUUCCUCUCUGAACCAGUUAGAGGAGGAUUUAUCCUGAGUACUUAUGACAAGAUGAUGGGAAAAUUGAUGGGGAGGGGGGAAUUAUCUUACAUUAGGGAACCCUGCAGCACUAGGUUUGUCUCCCCAUUGUACUAGGGCAUAACUUACAGAUCCAAAGCAGUCUCCAGAAGCGCCAGGGCUCUUCCUAAAAUGGGCUGGGUUGGUUUUCUUUGGUGUGUUUUUGUUUGUUGGUUUGUGGUUGUUUUUUUUUUAGUUGUUGUUGGGUUUUUUGUUUGUUUUUUUUUUUUUUUAGUUCUCUUAUCAGUUUGUAUUAUUUUUGUGUCUGUCUUCAUUAUCCUCAGGACAGCUGAUGGCACAAAGUUUAAGCUGGCAGGGUUGUAUUGUCUGCCUCAGGCGCCUUUUUUUUUUGUUGGUAUUGUAAAACAAAUAUUUUUCUUCCUCAGUUAAAAACAAAAAAACAAAACCACACCCUCCAACAACUGAAUACUGAUCCUUUAAUCCUACUUCUUUGAAAGGGGUAGAAUUGUGUUAUAGGUUGAGUUCCCUCCUUUUCAGCCCCUUCAGGUUUGGUUUUUUUAAGGACCAAAUGUGGUAUUCUGAAGUUCUGUAACCAAAUUGCCAAAGGUGAAAACCUGGACAGAGUUAUUCUCUUCCAGAAGCACCUCUGCUUCAAACAAACAAGCAAAAAAACGGAAGAAAUUACACAAAGCAUGAAGAGGUAAGUGCCCCCUAGAGUCAAAUAUCUGAAAGCAAGAUGAUUUUAUACACCGUGUGUCUCAGCUUUUCUGUUUUCAGAAGUUUCAUGUGUACAUUUGAAUGAAACCUAAGACAGUUCUGUGUGGAAAGCACCUACUGUUGUAGGAAAGCUAGAGUGGCAUGGGAGGAGGCCUAAGAAAACAGAGGCAGGUAAGAAAACAUUAGACAUCUUUGGAAUGGGCUCUUUAUUGACCCAUGUUAGAAAAAGAAAGGAGGGAAAGUGCUUAGAAGAUGGAUAACAUGUAGCGGCAGCUUCCUAGUCUUACGUGUCUGUUGAAUCUCACUUUCAUGACAUCCUUUGUCCUGUGAGAGACUUCUGAGGCUUCUUGAAUUAAAAUAGGCCCAAAGGAAGCUGCCCAUGCUUGCACCCCGAUACCACUCUUUGGUCUGAUGUAAUCUGGGAGCAGGAAAGGAUGGUUUAGAAUCUCUAACAGCAAUCAGCGGAGGAAGGCUGCCCUUAAGCCAUUUUAUCCAUAGCAGGCUGGGUGUGAUAAAACUCCCAUUGAGUUUGACCCUUGGCAGGGUAGGCAGGCAGCUAGCCUGCCUAUGGUACUAGCUACUUCUGAGGACCAGGUUUUAUUUCAGUCAAAUCAGAAGGCUUCACUUCUUCAUUUCAUGUUCAGUGUUCUUAAUAAAAAAAAUGCUUGUUCAGGC